GGGACUCGCCCCAAAGCUCCGUGCGAUGACAUUAUCAAGGUGAACGAAAGGGUGGUUUGUUGCCAAGUCGGAGCACCGGAGAAGGGGAGAUACACCUGCCGGAGAUCUGCUCUCUACUGAGUGCACUCUUCUGGUUGUCUUGAUGCAGGCUCAAUGAUCCAGGAAGGAUGUCAGUGAAACUGCUGUUUAACUCCUCAGAGGGGGGUGUAGUCAAGAGGAGCCUGUCCUUCACCGGGUUCAGUUCUCUGACUGGACGACGGCGCCCCUCCUCUGGUCGUAGUUCUUUGCGUUCCAAAGCUAUGGCUGGCAGUAAACUUCCCAGAAUACACCUGUCUCCCAGCAGAGUGGGCGGAGCCAUCUGGACACAGCAGCCAGAGCAGGUGGACAGAAUCUUCCAGGCGCUACGCAAAGGACUAAAGGAGUACUUGGAGGGUCACCAGGUGGAGAUGGACUUCCUGAUGUCACAGCAGAGAGAGACCAAGAGGAACUCCAGACUGGCCUUUCUCUAUGACCUGGAGAAGGAGAUCAGAGCUUUGGAGAGAUACAUCCGCAGACUGGAGUUCCAAAUCAGCAAGGUGGAUGAGCUGUAUGAGACCUAUUGUAUCCAGUGGAGACUGUGUCAGGGGGCGAUCAACAUGAAGAGAGCCUACUCUCUCUCCCCGUCCACCCGUGCGUCCAGAGACAGCCUGCUGGAGCUCGGCCGCAACCACAGACACAGCCUGCAGGAUAUGUCAGUAAUGGAGGGAGAGCUGGAAAUCCUUCUGGGAGAACUUCACAUCAAAAUGAAAGGGCUGAUCGGCUUCGCGAGGCUCUGCCCUGGAGAUCAGUAUGAGGUAAUGGUGCGAUUGGGCCGCCAGCGCUGGAAGGUCAGGGGAAGGAUCCAGUCAGAUGACAGACAGUCCUGGGAUGAAGAGGAGAUGGUCUUCCUCCCGCACAUACACCACAACUUUGAGAUCAAGGUGACGGAGGCGAAGGGCUUGGGUUGGCUUCUGGUUGGCACGGUGACGUGCGCGAGUGCAGACUUCUUUGUGGCGCAGCCGCAGCUGAUGUUGGUGGACAUCACCGAGCUGGGAACCCUGAAACUGCAGCUGGAAGUCACCUGGAACCCCUUUGACAGCAGUGAGAAGAUGAGCCUGGUGUCUCCGACCAGAAAGAACUCAGUCUACAGCUGGACCGCGCCAAGCACCCCCUCCUUCACUGAGAAAUACUUUAUAUCCAUGGUGCGUCAGCUGCAGGAUCCAGAGGGUUCCAUUCCCUUGUUGGUGUCCAGGCCCCGCCCACUCAGAGGGGGCGUGUCUCUGCUCAGCUACCUUUCUGACCCCUCCCACACCCCCGUCAGCAGCCCGACCGUCCCCAGCCUCACACGGAAAACCAGCUUUUCCUCCUCGCCCAGUCUGGCACCACUCAGUCAAGACACCAGUCUGGGAGGCAGCCACUCCCAGUUCUCCCUGGAAGAGGAGGACGGAUCCAUGGAGGUCAGCCUGGAGCAGAAGGAGAGAAAAGGGAGGGCGGAGGAGGAAGAGGAAGAGGAGGGGAGAGGUGGGUCAGACCUUCCUUCCACACCAGGGGAGUGUCAGCCCAGGUCUAGUACCCCGGACAUCCUCAGGAAGAACAUGGUGGUCGAACCAGACUCCGUGUCCAGCCCAGACCUUAGGACCAGCCCCACCUCAGUGAGGGACACCGACAGCGGGCAGUUCCCGGAGAUAUCCCCACCCCUUUGCUCGACCCUGACUCCGGCUGCCCACCCAGGGAGGGCGCUGGUGAGUGGCAUCCAGCGCAGAGCCCUGGCAGUGAGGCUGGGAGUCCUCAUGUCGGAGCUGGAGACGACUUUACAGAACCAGAACUGUUCAGAUAAACAGCUGAGGGCGCUGGACAGCCACAUACUGCACCUGGGAACCAUACUUAAGAAUGACCUCUCCUUGUUAAAGAGCUCAUCGUCAGAGGAGACUCUGGCUGUAGAAGAAGUCCUGGGGAGCUUUGACUUCCUGUCACAUGACCUCAAUCCAGAUGAUGACAUUUCCUGCCUGGGUACCCUUAGACUGAAGGACACUGGGAUCAACUCUUUCAAGCAGAGCACGCUGAGGAGUUUGGGUCUUCUCUCCCAGGACAACCAAUCAGCUUCAGAGGAGGAGCGAGGCAUCGCCCCAUUGACUUGUGGGAACUGGAGUCUUGACCAGGCCCUGGAGACUCACCUGGAUAUCUGCAGCAUCCUGCUUCAGACAUUACAUACAGUAAACUGCAGUCUGACCCGGACAGCCCUGCUGGAAGAGACGGCUCUCCACGCUGAAGUCCUGGACAGAGUCAGCUGUCUGCUGCUGGAAAAGAAUGACACCAUCUCUACCACUAUCCUCCUCCCUCAGAGUCAAAGAACAAAGGAUCUGGUGAUGUUCUGGGAGGAGUGUGUAAACGACAGCAGCUCGCCAUUCUGUUGCCAUGCCGACAACUUUUGCCAGACGCUACGGAAACGAUACAUGCACAGGGUCAAAGCCAAGCAGCCCGGCCAAUCAGAGAUAGUGUUUUCGGAGUUGCUGCGUCAGGUGCAGGCUGGCUGUCAGGUGGUACCAAGCCCUCGGCCCGUCUGCAGCCCAGACAGAGUCACUGUCUUCCAGCUGUCAGUCUAUCUGAAACACUGGAACGUCCACAACCUGGGGGAACACAUCUCACAACUCUCCAAAGAAGUGUACCUCAUCUCAGCCCUGAGGAGCCCAAAAAGGAGGCGUGCCUUAAAGAAACUGAGGGGGCGUAGCAUCGCGGAGCUCCUCCCACUGGGCAGCACCCUGCAGACUCUGGCUGCCCUGCAGCUCGACUCCAAUCACAAAGUGUGCAAAGCUGCAGCCAGUGGCCUCUGCAGAGCCGCAGGCUGCAGGGCCUUCAGGAACAAGGCUGUAGUUUACUACACAGAGAGUCUGAAGCAGAGUGACAUUCAAAUCAAACAGGCAGCCUGCCUGGCGCUUAAGUGUCUUCGGGCCACCGAGAGUGUGGAUCUGAUAGCUGAUCUGUGGAAGUCAGAAGAUGACGAUCUUCGCAGUGCUGCCAGAGAGACAGUGCUCUCUUUCGGGAAGAAGGGAUACCUGGCCUUCCAGAGGAUGGACCAGCUCUAUGCUGAGAUGCAGGAACAGAUCUAUCAGAACCAGGACGAGGAGAUCACCAUUCUAUAAGAAGCAGGACCGCUCAGACGUGGUUCUGUCUCUGCUGAGCCUCAGACAGAGUCGUGGUGUCGGCUUCGCUGAUGACACACUCGUGUUGAUGAGGCAACGCCGCUGUAGGCCCGACGCUCAUUUUCAACACAGCUAUUCUCCACAUUCACACCUGGGA